UAGAGGACUCCCUGAGGUCCUGUCCCCUGGGCCACUGUGACUGGGUUUGCACUGGAGUGGAAGGCGCUGAAAGGCAGACCGGCUGCUAUGUCCACAUUCAGGCAGGAAGAUGUGGAAGACCACUAUGAGAUGGGGGAGGAGCUGGGCAGCGGCCAGUUUGCGAUCGUGCGGAAAUGCCGGCAGAAGGGCACCGGGAAGGAGUACGCAGCCAAGUUCAUCAAGAAGCGCCGCUUGUCGUCCAGCCGCCGGGGGGUCAGCCGGGAGGAGAUCGAGCGGGAGGUGAACAUCCUGCGGGAGAUCCGGCACCCCAACAUCAUCACGCUGCACGACAUCUUUGAGAACAAGACCGAUGUGGUGCUCAUCCUGGAGCUGGUCUCCGGCGGGGAGCUCUUCGAUUUCCUAGCGGAGAAGGAGUCGCUGACAGAGGACGAGGCCACCCAGUUCCUCAAGCAGAUCCUGGACGGUGUCCAUUACCUGCACUCCAAGCGUAUUGCCCACUUCGACCUCAAGCCAGAGAACAUCAUGCUCCUGGACAAAAAUGUGCCCAACCCGCGGAUCAAGCUUAUCGACUUCGGCAUCGCCCACAAAAUCGAAGCAGGGAACGAGUUCAAGAACAUCUUUGGCACCCCGGAGUUCGUGGCUCCCGAGAUUGUCAACUACGAGCCCCUGGGUCUGGAGGCGGACAUGUGGAGCAUUGGCGUCAUCACCUACAUCCUUUUGAGUGGCGCGUCACCAUUCCUGGGAGAGACCAAGCAGGAGACCCUGACCAACAUCUCGGCCGUGAACUACGACUUUGACGAGGAGUACUUCAGCAACACCAGCGAGCUGGCCAAGGACUUCAUCCGCCGGCUACUCGUCAAAGACCCCAAGAGGAGAAUGACCAUCGCCCAGAGCCUGGAGCAUUCCUGGAUCAAGGCGAUCCGGCGGCGGAACGUGCGGCGGGAGGACAGUGGCCGCAAGCCAGAGCGGCGGCGCCUGAAGACGGCCCGCCUCAAGGAGUACACCAUCAAGUCGCACUCGAGCAUGCCCCCCAACAACACCUACGUCAACUUUGAGCGCUUCUCCAAGGUGCUGGAGGAGGUGGCGGUGGCUGAGGAGGGCCUGCGUGGGCUCGAGCACAGCCGGCGCCUGUUCCAUGAGGACAUCGAGGCGCUGACGGCAAUCUACGAGGAGAAGGAGGCCUGGUACCGCGAGGAGAACGAGAGCAUCGGCCAGGACCUGCGGCGGCUGCGCCAGGAGCUGCACAAGACGGAGGCGCUCCAGCGGCAGGCCCAGGAGGAGGCCAAGGGCGCCCUGCUGGGGGCCAGCGGGCUCAGGCGCCGCUUCAGCCGCCUCGAGAACCGCUACGAGGCGCUGGCCAAGCAGGUGGCCUCCGAGAUGCUGUUCGUGCAGGAUUUGGUGCGCGCCAUGGAGCAGGAGAAGCUGCAGGGUGGGGAGUGCAGCCUCCGCUAGG